AUGGAGGAAGUUCAAACAUCUUCUUCUGGUACAGUCAGCCAUGAAACACACAGUGCACCCACACUGUGUGAAUUCAACACAAGUUUCAACAGUCUUCAAUCCAACGCCGCCACAAAAAGUACGCCGGCAGCCGGUCCACCAAACUACUAUCCCGCAUCUUGUUCCUUCAUCGCCUCCCUUAACACAACCACCUCACAAAUCAUCAGCUGCCUCGCCGUACAAAACGACGACAACUACUACAACCUCUUAUACGCCGCAUCGACCGAAGAAGUAAACGUCUUCGAUAUAACGACGCUCUCACUUUUAGACACGUUCGGGUCGGGUUAUUCGGGUUCGGUCAAAUCCAUCGCAUUCAGCAAGGGAAGAAUCUUCACAGCACAUCAAGACUGCAGGAUUAGGGUUUGGCAGAAAGUGAUGACGUCAUCAUCAUCAUCAUCAUAUUCAAGAAGCAAACAGAUCAUGAAGCACCACCUUAUCCAAACACUCCCCACGUUCAAAGAUCGUUUCUUCAACCGCUUGUCGCCGAAGAACUACGUUCGAAUCAGGCGGAACGAGCACAAGCUACGUAUCGAGCAUGCAGAUGCUGUCUCGGCAUUAACGGUGAAUAAUGAUGUCGGAUUAAUGUAUUCGGUUUCGUGGGAUAAGAGUUUCAAGAUUUGGAAUGUGUCUUCGCCCGAUAUGCCGUGUUUGGAUUCCGUUAACGAGGCGCAUGCAGAUGCUGUUAACGCCGUUGCCGUGGACCCCACCGGCGGGACAGUCUACACCGGCUCCGCGAACGGAGAGAUAAAAGUUUGGAAAGUAUCGAAAGAGACGAAAAAGCAUAUGUUGCUAACGACUUUAUCCAAACACGCCUCUAGUGUUAACGCGUUGGCAUUGACGAUGGAGGGCUCGAUUUUGUGCUCUGGAGGCGGCGAUCGAGUUAUCCUCGUUUGGGAGAGGGGGCAUAAUGGGGCAAUUUUGAGUUUAGUGUGUGUGGAUAAUGGUGUGGUGAUUAGUGGUUCUUCAGACAAAAGUGUGGUGAUGAUGGUUUUUCUGUUUUUAGUGGAAGCCUGGAUGGAGAAAUCAGGGCCUGGAAAAUUGUGGUUCUUGAUUGUAAUUCCAGGUGGUGAUAAUUGA